AUGCAGUCCCCCCCGGAACCCGAGCGGCGGUUCUCCUACACCUCCUCCACCGAGGCCGAGCUGCAGUAUCUGUUCAAGCGCUUCCGAACCCGCUUGCGAGAAGAGCUGCCGGAGUACGAGUUCGCCGAUCACUUCUCCCCCUUACAUUCCAGCUACGAUGCAUGGCACUUCCUCGGCAAGCGCCGCCCCAAGAGCUCGUCCGCGUACUCCCGCAAAACCAGCACUUCCUCCGAUUCACGCCCCUCGAGCACUCGCAGCAAGUCCGACUUCGACGCCGGCUCCGAUGAGACCGAGAAGGAAAAGGAGCAGUUAGUCGUCGCCAGAGUCUCGUUCCACGCGCUGCAAAACGAGCAGGGAUACAAGCUGCUGCAGAGAGUCGGCGAGGAAGCAGACCCCGAUUACAAACACUUCGUCAAGCCGCUGGUGUACACCCGUCUUCCCGCUCGAUUGCCCGGGGAGAGCGCGGUGGGGGUGACGAUAGUUGAGGCGCCUGGGAAGAACUACCUGCGCGAACUCACGAAUUUCGACCCCAACUUCUACACCGGGUCUCCCGACCACCCAGUCACGACGUCAUUUCCUCAGGUGCCGCUGCUACUCUUCCUAGACUUCGCCAUCGGUGCAAGUGAGUGCUGCGAAAUUCUCCACCACGGUCUCGAGAUGGUGCACGGGGAGAUCCGGGGCGAUGCUUUCCACUACAAUCAUGACACAAAUGUCGUGCGCAUGAUCAGCUUUGGAUCUGGUGCGAGAAGUUUCGAGAGCGGCCUGACCUCGGCCGGCUGGUCGAGCCUCGUUGCGCAGCGGGGUGUCCAGCACAAACUGCAAUUCAUCGCGCCCGAGCAGACCGGACGACUGCCUGCCGAGCCAGACUCGCGCACCGACAUCUAUUCCCUCGGCAUCCUGUUUUGGACCAUGCUGACCGGACAGCCUGCGUACGAAGGGAAGUCGCCGUUGGACAUUAUGCAGAAUGUCCUGUCCCGAAGAGUUCCCCUCGUAAGCACGAUCCGUGACGAUGUGCCCGAAGCUCUCACCGCCGUCCUGGCCAAAAUGACAAACAAGAACAUGGACGACCGCUACAACUCCGUGUCGGGCGUGAAGCAUGAUUUGCAAGAACUGAAGAAGAUCCUCAUUAACGCCGACAAGGUUGCUCUCGAUGAAUUCAAGAUAGGCACGACCGACGUCUCCUGCUUCUUCAACCUCCCCACCACGCUUAUCGGGAGGCAGCAACAGCAACAAACCGUGCUCACGGUGAUUGAAAAGGCCGCACACCGCUCCGCGCGAGCCGCCCCAAUCACCCGCAAGGGCCUCUAUAGCCUCGGAGCGGCAUCUACAGACAUUACUGGCCAGAGACCGGAUCUCUCGUUAUUGGAGGACAUCAUCAGCGACUCGACGUCUUCCAACAACGAUAAAUACAGUGAGCGAGACCGAGAGAGCACGCGACUGAAUUCCAUCUCAGAGGUCGCUGCCUUUGAUUUACCCAAGUUUAGGCAGGGCAUCCCACCCCAGGAGAGUAUUCAGGAAAGCACAAGCUCCGCCACAAACUCGGUCAUUGACGAGCAGGAGUUCAGACCGCUGGCCGAGUCGAGGUCCUUGGUGGAAAGUCACAGUCGAGGGUCCACGAACGAGACAGGUCCGAUCCGCUCAUCACCUAGCCUCCAACUGAGUACCACCGAGACCAACUCUUUGCUUCGCACAGCGCAACGACUCAAGAAAAAGGGCCGCACGGAGGUGAUUGGGGUUUGCGGAGCUGCAGGGUACGGCAAAUCAUCUUUACUCCAGACCAUUGCGCCUGCGGCGAGACGACAUGGCUACUACACCUCGUCGAAGUUCGAUCAGGUGCGGAACACACCCUUUGAGCCCGUCAUCAAGUUGAUGUCGUCGCUCUUUCGACAAAUUUUCUCGGAACAAGACGUCAACACACCCUUCCACGAAAACAUCCGUACCUUUGUCAAACCAUUCUGGAGCGUACUGUACACGUAUCUCGAUCUGCCCCAAUGGCUUUUGGCGUCCUCGGCAAACGGAGCCGGCCAGACAAAGACCAGCUCAGCCACGUCACUCCUCACGGUCAAUCCCCCACUGGCAACCUCACCGGUUGCUCCGGGGCCAGACAGGAAGAUGUGCAGUCAGCAAUCCUCCACUGAUUGGGUGCGGGCCGGUGGGUCCAGCAAGACCUCGCGCUUCAUGCACAUAUUCCUGGACGUUCUGCGAUUACUAGCUGUGCAAAAGUUCAUCUGCUUUGCACUCGACGAUCUUCAAUUUGCAGAUCAGGAGAGUCUGGAUCUGAUUCAGAUGAUCGUCAAGGCACACAUCCCUGUGGUGCUGGUGCUUACGUACCGCUCGGAGGAAAUGCUGACGCCAAGCUUCAAGCAUAUUCUCGGAAGGGGCACAAAGGUGACUUUGAAGGCGUUUACGGAGGAGGAGAUUGCAGAAUAUGCUGCCGCCACACUUCACCGGGACCAGAAGUAUUGCACGCCCCUUGUGGCGAUUGUGCAGGAGAAGACCGGCGGAAAUCCGUUUUUCGUUCGGGAAAUGAUGGACACGGCGUACCGCAAAAAGUGCAUCUACUACUGCUGGAAGUGUUCCCACUGGGAAUUCGAUCUGGACCGCCUCUUCACACAAUUCUCGAGCCCAGAUUCCAAGGGAUUCUCGACCAACGAGUACAUCACUCGACGUCUGCAAGAGCUGCCUGUGGAUGCACAAACUCUGCUUGCAUGGGCAGCAAUUGUCGGCAACAGCUUCUCCUUCUCCCUGAUGAAGCGAGUCAUGAGCUGCGAGUGCUCAAGAAUGUCGCCUCCGGAGUUUCUACCAACCCGGGCGAACGACCCGGUCGCCGGUCUUGCAGCUCUACUACAAGCAUUCAUCGUCAUGCCGACUGAUGAUGAAGACCGGUUCAGGUUCGCACACGACAGAUACGUCGCCGCAUCCAGCGCAUUGCUCCAUGCGUGUAAUCAAGAAGAGAUGCAUUUCAUUGUGGCCACCGCCAUGCUCAAGCAUGAGCCAUACGAUCCGGUGAACAACGCCAGUGCCGUCCUUUUCGACCAGGCGCGACAUGCCUGCGCAGCCCUCGAUGUCAUCAAGAAUCGUGUCUCGGUUAGGCUGCCGUACAGGACUAUGCUGUAUCAAGCAGCCGAGGCGGCAAGUGACAGUGGCGCAAGGCAGUCGGCGAUUCACUAUUACAAAUGCUGUAUUGAUCUGCUUCAAGAGGAUGCGUGGACCUCCAACGAAGGCGACGCGAGCUACGCCGAGACACUGGCCUUGUAUACCCGAGCUGCGGGCGCCUACUUGUAUCUCGGGGACCAUGUCGGAUGCACAAACUGCAUCAAGCCCAUCUUCAUCCAUGCUCGCGACGCCGUGGACAAGACGCCUGCAGCGAUGCUCUGCAGUCGUAUGUCGUCCGCUGAAGGGCGGUCUGCCGAUUCGUUUCGCCGGUUGAAGAAUCUCCUGGCCGAACUGGGGAGACCGGUUGCAGACUCGACAUGGGAACAAUGUGACACUGAGUAUCACAAGAUAGUCGAGCAGCUGGACAAUUUCGAUGCGAACAUGGAUGACGUGGGCGAAGGCGACCGUCUGCUAAACGUGCUCGGCGCCGUCUUCACCGAGCUGGUGAGCUCGAGCUUCUACAUGGACACGCUGCAGUUCUAUCAAGCUGUCUUGGGUAGUGUGCAGCUCUAUCUCGAUCGCGGCGCAUUCGCCCAUGCAGGUAUGGCCUUAGUCCAUCUCGGCAACAUCGCAGUGUGUCGGUUCAAUUCCGUCGAGCGCGGGAUUGAGCUUGGGGAGAUGGCGCUCAAGCUACUAGAGGCGUUUCCCAACCAGACCUUUGCCGUCGGACGAGGCUGGUCAAUGCAUGCCCUCUUCCUCGGACACCUGCAUCUUCCGAUGCAAGCCAAUUUCUACAGCCUGAACCGAGGCGCGGAGGCGGCGACUGCGGCUGGCGACAAACACGUGCACCUCAUUAACGUGGGCAUCUCUGCCAUGUAUCGUCUGUGGGCCUCUGAGCCUUUGCCAGAGGUCGAGGCUUUCAUCUCGUCCGUGGCCGAGGAAAUUCCGGACUGGCACAGCAAUGUCAGGGGCGGGACGAUGCUGGUCGGGAUCAGGGCGCUGACGAGAGCGUUGCAAGGCAAGACUCGGUAUCGAUCGGCUGAAGGGGUGCUGAAUGAUGAGUACCAUUCGACAGACGCGUACAUCGCAUAUGUGAACAAGGAGACGCCGCACGGCCUGAUACCGCUGACUACGUAUCGUGCGUGCAGAUGCAUAGCGCUUUAUCGCUUUGGCCAUUACAAGGAAGCCAUGGAAGCCGGCGAAGAGCUGAUGAAGGAUCUCGACACCAUGUGGAGCAUGUGCUUUACCUACGCCACUCUCUUCUUCUUCGGUCUGAGUCUUUUGGCAGUCCUCCGAGAACAGCCUGACCUGAUGGACCGCGAGACGACUAUUCAAAGGGUGAUCGAGCUCAAGCAACGAAUCCAAGAUGCUUCACGCGUCAACCCCGUGAAUUACGUGGUACAAAUCGAGCUCCUUGAAGCCGAGAUCGCCGAUGCGCAACUUCGGUAUGGGGAGGUCCUGCAACACUAUGAAGCUGCCGUCAAUCAUGCUGUGGUCCACGCUGCGACCAUGGACGAAGGCCUCGCCACGGAGCUGUAUGGAGACUGGAUGGCGCGGAGAGGAGCGUCGCGUCCGGCACGGAGCCAAAUCAUGGACUGUCUCUCGGCCUACCGACGUCUUGGGGCCAUUGGCAAAGCGGACCAUGUCGCCGAACGACACGCCUAUCUCCUUUACGGUACCCGAUCGCUUUCGAUGAUGGAUGCGGGCACCCAGACCACUGCAGAUGAUUAUGCGUAUCCCUUGGAGAAGCUGGGGGAUGAGCAUACGGACGGGUCAACCGCCAGAACACAAGCUUGGUUGCAUCCCAACGUUUCAAAUGGCGCGAUUGAGGGAAAAGACGGCGCGACAGAGGCAAGCGGCGGUCUCGCGGGCCUCGCCGCUGCUGGCUUGGAUAUGAUCGAUCUCGCGGGCAUUCUGGAGUCUUCCCAAGUCCUGUCGUCGGAGUUGAACGUUGACAAGCUCCUGAGCAAACUCACCGAUAUCAUCAUCCAUUCAACAGGAGCCACCCUAGCUGGUAUUUGCGUCGAAGAUGACAACGGAGGCUGGGUUGUGGCGGCUGCUGCAUCUACCGAUGGAACGAUAGUGGCGAUGUCUGGGACUCCGGUCGACGAAAUUGACGACCCGGUCGGUCGGCAGGUGACGUCGUACGCGCUUCGUUCUCGCGAGGCCCUCUUUCUCCGCAACGUUCUGGAUGACGAGCGCUUUGCGAACGUGUCUCAAUCGUGGUUGGACAAGAACCCUGACGGCAGAUCCGCCGUUGCGCUCCCAAUCCUGCACGGCGACAACGUAUUGAUGGGGUGCUUGUAUUGCCACGCUCCGCCCAAUAUCUUCACCGAGCGCACGACCACCUUGCUGAAAUUGUUGGUCAAUCAAAUCUCCAUCUCCAUCGCCAACGCGUUGCUGUUCAAGCGUGUGGAGAAGGUCUCUGCCAGCAAUGCCUCCAUGCUCGAGGUGCAAAAGCAGGCUCUGGCGCAGGCACGGGAAUCCGAGAAGAAGGCCAAAGCUGCGGAGGCGAAAGCUAUUGAGAUGGUGCGCCUGAAGGACGAAGCAGCAAAGGCGAAAUCGAUGUUCCUGGCCAAUGUAUCACAUGAGCUGCGAACCCCACUGAACGGCGUCAUCGGCAUGUCAGAGAUGCUAAAGUCCACCCCGCUCAACAAGGAGCAAGAGGAGCACGCGGAUUCCAUCCGCAUGUGCGCGGACACCUUGCUGAGUGUCAUCAAUGACAUUUUGGACUUUAGUAAGCUCGAGGCGGGCAAGAUGCAAGUCUUUUCGGUGCCAUUGUCCCUCGCCGAAACGAUCAAUGAGGUGGUGAGAGCCUUAUCUUACACGAAUCUCGAAAAGCAUCUCAAGACGAUUCAGCAGGUGGAGCUGGACCCCAAACUGAUCGUCAUGGGCGACCCCGUCCGCUUACACCAGAUUCUGAUGAACCUCAUGUCGAACGCGUACAAAUUCACGUCGCAAGGUAGCGUCACGGUACGGGCCAGAGUGGACCACGAAGAUGCGGACUCGAUCUCGGUGACGGUGUCGGUGGAGGACACUGGAAUCGGCAUUACGGAAGAGCAGCAGAAGAAGCUCUUCCUCCCCUUUUCUCAAGCCGACUCGAGCACAGCUCGCAGCUACGGCGGCACCGGCCUCGGGCUGUCUAUCUGCAAAGCCAUCAUCGAAAACGUCAUGCGAGGCAAGAUCUGGCUGGAGAGCGAGCCGGGCGUGGGAACGACGGUUUUUUUCAGCAUGCCCUUCAAAAAGGCCAACCAGUCUCUCAACGGCGACACGAACGGCACCACCUCACCGAACGGUCGAAAGGCAGACCCAAUGGCCAUAUUCACUCCGCCGGCCACCGAAGCCGCGGGCAGUUCUCGCCAAUACACAAGCCUCGCCGGCAUUCCGCGGGAUCAACUCAAAGUCUGCAUCGCUGAAGACAACCCAAUCAACCAGAAGAUCGCCAUCAAUUUCGUGAAGAAGCUUGGCUUCAACUGCGAGGCUUUCGCCGAUGGCAAACAAGCCGUCGACGCUCUAGAACGCGCGAGCAAAGACGGCAAACCAUUCCAUCUCGUCCUUAUGGACGUGCAGAUGCCCGUGCUAGACGGUUACAACGCCACGCGCGCGAUCCGCAAACACACCGACCCGGACAUCAAAGACAUCCUCGUCAUCGCCAUGACGGCCAGCGCGAUCCGCGGCGACCGCGAAAAGUGCCUGGAAGCCGGGAUGAACAACUAUCUCGCCAAGCCCGUGCGCGCCGACACGCUGGAGCAAAUGCUCGAAUCGUACCUCAACCAGCCGGAGCGCGCGAUCCCCAACUUACAAGAGGAGACCAACUCGCUCGUCAGUCGCACGCUGUCGCACGAACGUAGUGCAGCUGGCGAGAGCAGGGUGGACGGAGACACCGACGCUGCCGAAGCCAAGCGCAACCGACUCGUUGUCACGAGAAGCGAAGAUCUGCGCCCCAAGUCGCCGGCCAAGGCCGAGACGACGAUCCGCCUUGCGCCGGCGGAGAUGGUGCAGAAGGCGGCGCAGGAGGAGUUGCCGACGGCGAAUCGGCUGAAGGAGAGUGCGCGGCCGCCGCAGAUUAAGCGCAUCAGCAGUAUGGGAAAGGGUGGGCAGAGUAAUGGGGCGAGUUGA